AUGUGUUGGCAAGGUUUUCAAAAACGACUUUAUUCUGACUUGACCUCAGUAAUCGAAAAAACUUUGGAGAUACUUGGAAAUCAAUUAGAAAAUGAUAAGCAAUUAAACACAUGGUUCACCAAUUUUCAGCAAAUAUGUGUCAACCAUGCAAAAGCCACCGAAAUUUUGGAGAGUGUUUUUGCGUACCUGGAUAAAACAUAUAUCCAAUGUAUCCUUCGAGAAAACUUGCGUGAUGUUUUGGUGGAUCGAUUUCAACGUCUUAUUACAGAAAAAUCGGAAAUGCGCAUUAUCUGCACAUUUAAUCUGGUGCUUAAUAAUCCUGGAUUAUUGGAAUUAAAUGCUGUAAAAGAUGUUUUGAAAGCAAUGUAUAAGAUUAGUGCUG